AACAAGGGGUGGAAGACAAGUUCGUACGCCACCUUUUUGAAGUGUCCGUCUACAAUGCCAAAGGGGAGUGUCUAAUCGACACAACCGUCGAUUAUGGCAUAAAGAUCCAGGAGCUGGACCUAAUGGGAAUUGCUGUGUAAAGCACUAUGGCAAGAUCCAGCAGAGAACUAGUCUUUGCCGCUGGGUGAGCUUCCGGGAGAAGAAGGGGCCCGGAUCCAGUGUCGUGUCUCCUGGAGACAUGGCAGACUAUCUUCAAACCUCACCACGCCUCCUAAUGGCAGCGGGCCAAUGGAAAGAUAUCAAAUUGGCAUUGGACAGCGAUACGUCGAACCAAGUGUUCUUUGUGGACAUGGAGUUCGGACAACUGGGGACAGGGGAAGAAUUCGUGCGACACCUGUUCGAAGUGUCUAUUUAUAACGCCAAAGGGGAGUGUCUAAUCGACACAACCGUCGAUUAUGGCAUAACGAUCCUGGAGCUAGCGGGAUGGUGCCCAUCAAGAAGAUGGACGAAUUGCAUACAGGGAAUAUACGGGAAUGACUUCGAAAGGAGGACGCCUGGCCUUCGGGUCGAGGACCUGGCGGACAAAUUUGCCCAUGUUGGCAUCAAUACCAAUUCAACAUUUGUCGAAUGGAGCACCAACGGGUGCGAUGCCACCACGAUCAUCAAAAGCAUGAGUGACGUCGGGAGAGGAGAGCUUCUGCCCCCUCGGGGGAAUUGGGUGUCUGGCAUUCCGAUGUGGCGUGGCAUAAUGCCAGGGGCCAGGACCCUGGCAUUACAGCCGCUGCACGCAAUGUUGUUUGCGGAGACGACAUUGCUAGACCACCACCACGCGGCAGUAGAUACCAGGAAGCUCUGGGAGGUCAUGAAAGAGGGAUACUGCCCGUGGGGACAUACCGUCUUCCUUCUCCAACUUCGCGACGUACACGGCCUUCCAAUUUCUCAGGGAUGCCGGUGUCACCCCCAUAGGCUAUAGCACUGUUUGAGCAGCAUCGGAUGUAUCACCGUCGUUUUGUUCGCUGGCUCAGCAAUCAUUACUACAACAGAGCCAUGCA